CAUGGUGCAACGCCAUGAUGUCAUGGUGCAGAGCCCGGGCCGCUCAGCAACUUGCAGAGGGGGCGCUGAUGCUGGAAACGGACCUCCUUCGUCGUGGUGGUCCCCUCCCGUCCACCUCCGGGGGGCAGAGCCAGGCAGGAGCAACAACCGCUCAGAUUUGGACUGCGGGGCUUUUGGUGCCAGAGGGCGCUGAGCUCUCAGUUGCAGCAGCAGCAGCAACUGGGGGAGGAGCUCCGUAGUUCAGGGCGGAUCCCGCGGAGAGAUCAGCCGCCGGUUUCAGGAACGCGGAGAAGGUGCCGGGUCGGCGAGGCGCUGGACGUCCUCCUCGGGGUUGGCACCACCACCAGCACCGCCGCCCGGACAUGAGGAUGACGGUCGCUGCGGCGGGGGACGGGGGCUCGCCGAAUCCAGGCCCCGCGGCGGUGUCGCUGGGUCUCAGUGUGGCCGUGGUCUCCAGCCUGGUGAAUGGAUCCACGUUUGUGCUGCAAAAGAAAGGGAUCGUGCGCGCUAGAGGACGAGGAACUUCAUAUCUAACAGACAUAGUCUGGUGGUCAGGCACCAUUGCAAUGGCCCUUGGCCAAAUCGGGAAUUUCUUAGCCUACACUGCAGUUCCUACUGUUCUGGUGACUCCUCUUGGAGCGCUUGGGGUUCCAUUUGGAUCCAUUUUAGCUUCCUACUUACUGAAAGAAAAACUCAACAUUCUUGGCAAGCUGGGUUGUCUGCUGAGCUGUGCAGGUUCUGUUGUUCUCAUAAUCCAUUCUCCGAAGUCUGAAAGUGUCACCACACAGGCCGAGCUUGAAGAGAAGCUCACAAAUCCAGUGUUCGUGGGUUACCUCUGCAUUGUCCUUCUCAUGCUCCUCCUGCUUAUCUUUUGGAUUGCACCUGCUCACGGACCCACCAAUAUUAUGGUUUACAUCAGCAUUUGCUCAUUGCUAGGAAGCUUCACCGUGCCCAGUACAAAAGGCAUUGGACUAGCUGCUCAAGAUAUCUUUCACAAUAACCCAUCGAGCCAAAGAGCAUUGUACCUCUGUUUGGUCCUGCUGGCAGUAUUAGGAUGUAGCAUCAUAAUUCAGUUCAGGUACAUCAAUAAGGCUCUGGAAUGUUUCGACUCCUCGGUGUUUGGUGCCAUCUACUAUGUAGUGUUCACCACUCUGGUCUUGCUGGCCUCAGCCAUCCUUUUCAGAGAGUGGAGUAAUGUUGGAGUAGUGGAUUUCUUGGGGAUGGCUUGUGGAUUCACCACUGUAUCUAUUGGAAUUGUUCUCAUACAAGUCUUCAAGGAGUUCAAUUUCAGUAUUGGGGAUUUAAAUAAGCCCAAUACGAAGACUGAUUAAUACCAUGAUAUCAAAAGGGACUGGAUGACCCAGAAAAUAAUAAAAGCCUUUCCACUUCUAGGCUAUGGGAAUGACAGAGACUUUGAUUUCUAAGCCCAGAGAACAACAGAGCCUUUCAUUCCUUGUUGGAAUAUGUGAAAUGAAUUGGUGUUCUCAAUCCAGUUUCUCUAGAACUAACUGUUACCAUGCUUCAACUAUCUAAAUGGUAUUAAAAUGGAAUACUCUUAUACCCCUCACAGCAGGCGGGUAAGAACUGCAUCAGUGCAAAAGCUGAUGUAUUUCUUCACCCUAGAAAGGUGAUGUAUACAAUGAAGGUGGAAGUGUUCUGGAAGUUUUCAAAAUGUCUUCCUGAAACAUGGUUGUGAAUGUAUUAAAUCCAGCUUCUGCGCUCCAUUGGGCAGAUGUAAUGAAUAAUAAGCUGUCCCUUUGAAAAAUGUAGAUACACUUCAGAAAUUUAGAUUGGAUUCCCCCCCCCCCAACAUCUCUUUCGUUAGGUCACAAAAUUCAUUUUUCCUCACAGCUUUAUUUGAGGGUUCUUUAAAUCCAUGUUUCAGAAUCUGUACACUGGUAAAUUUCCUUCCUUCACUGACUUUCUCUGUAAUCUGGAACGGCGCUGAAGAGCUCAUAAUUAAGUCCAAGAUACAGAGCAGUGUAUUUGUCUCUCAAAAUAUUUUCUUACCAGGACAUAGUUGCUCACACUUAAGUAAAUACAGCAGUCAGUUUACAGAUACGCCUUUUUGUUCACAGUAAGCAUUUGAAGUGCAUUAACACAUUACAUGAAUUCAGGAGCUUUUAAUAAUCAACAGACAAGAAUGUGAGGAUCAUGGCAGAUUGUAACCACUUUUCUACUUUUUUUUUGGUUGGUCAUUUGUAAAUAGUUGGAAAGUACUUCAGUGCCUUUUGCAUUCUAAAAAAAGACCACAUAAUUUGAAUGAAGGUGUGUCUUGAAAAACUCCAUGGGGCAGUUCAGUUUCCCCUAUCAUUUGGCAGUCUUCGUUGCUUACAAACAUGCAAAGUGGUCAGAAACAGCAGCACAAUUUCAUAUAUACUAGUCUGAAUUUAUAACUGAGGUGACUUUGUGGUAACUUCCAUGCACCUCCUGUUGUGUGUGAGUUCUGAAGAGAGGUGUUCUAAAACUGCCCAUUCUCAGCCUUCUAGUUUUUUUUCUAACCAAGUAAACUACUUCAUAACACAGGUUAUGAAGUCAGGUUUUGAACUGGCACUUUUCAGGGCAAAAGGAAGGUUGUGGUUAAGUGAUUCUGUAAGAGGAAAGAAAAAUGUUCAAUUCCAGUCAUGGAAAGGUUAGGCCAUUAGCCUAAGUAACUCUUCAGUCGUCCACAAGGCAGAGCCUGGAUAUUGCUGGAAAACAGUUCAGAUUUGCUUGAGACACACAACUCUCUCAUUUUAGCAAAACGACCAGCUAAUUUGGUAUACCUGAUUCAGAUAUUAAGAAUUUACUUUGCUAUAUGCACCUUUAGAUUUCAUUUUAACAGCUUCAGGGUAUCUGAAUAUAUAUUAGUAAUUAAUUUUAACACAUUUGACAUCGGCCAUAGAAAUAUUUUUUUCCUAUCAGUUCCAAAGAUACAUAACAAAGGUAUUGGAGUAUUGAUCCAAAUAUGCACACCUUUUCCUAAGUAUGCAUUACUUUUAAAAUUCCUUGAACUUGGAAGUUCAGUUUUUGUAUUCACAAAGCAAAUAAGGAAUCGAUUAAUUCAGAUUCCAGCUUCAGCUUCAUUAAAAGCCACUCCUGUCUUGGCAAUAAUGUUACUUACCCUGUGGGGUGAAAGUUAAACAACCAAGUUAAACAACUGCAGCAUAGAGAGUUGUCGGUUUUCUACAUUCACACAAAUAAUCAGUGCAGUUCUGCAAUUCUUGUAAGGUUUGUCUGGAAAAUUACAAAUGGGAUGUCAGUUUCUAAAUUGAAUUUGAUAAAAUAAAAAGGGCAUUUCUCAUGUUGCUUGAGAGUUUAUACAAGAGAUCUAUACUGUUAAUGUUUGGAUUACCCAUGGGUAUCUCUUUCACCGUAUCUGCACAUGUUGGAGUAGAUAAAUAUAAGCCACUUUAAAUGUUUGGAUUACCCAUGGGUAUCUCUUUCACCGUAUCUGCACAUGUUGGAGUAGAUAAAUAUAAGCCACUUUAAAUGUGAUGGUGGUCACCAGUCGUGACUUGUGAAAAGACCCUUAAUCAGGGGUCCACAAAUGUUGUGUUGGCUUGUAUGGUGGUAAUCACCAAAACCCUUCCCAAAAUCUCCUGACAUGAACAGAAGGCUUGGGAAAGAAGCAAGGUCUUCUCCUAUUUUUGUAGGAUAUGGAGAAAGUAAGAAACAUUGGGAUUCUCCCCCAGUGCUUGGAAUGGAAUCCUGAUGUUUCUUACCUGCUUCAGAAGUGCAAUUGGGGUCUUAUCGGCGCACCAUGUGUCCUGCUCACCAGAGGACACUUGUCUGAGAAAGGUGGAUUUAUGGAUGACUGCCCUUAAUCAGUAUUCAUAAAGUUUAGGUAUUAGUUUUGUGUGGAAGCUUGCUGUUUGUGAUGGUAAGUUUCUGGAGGGAAUCAUUCCAAGGCACUGUAUUUUUUAAACAAGGUGUGCUUCACAUUUCAAGUUUUUAAAAGAAAAUCGUUGAGAUGUGGUAAUUCUUUUCUUGUUUUGUUUUUUUAAAGGCAUAUAUCCAGAGAUUAAAUCACAGUUGUUGUUUUCUAGCCUUUGACUUAUGAUGACCUCAGUUUAGUUUUCCUUAAUGUAGGUAGGCACACGGCUAGGAGUGUUAUCUCAGUCUAGAAAUUAGAGCAAACGCUCGUGUGCAUUAUUGUUCUCUAUGAAAAAGUGCCUAACCAAGUAUGCUGGUACUUAUGCACAUUUAAAAUCCUAUACUAAGGUAUUCUUGACUGAACGAGGCAUUGUCUGUCUAGGCCUGGGAUGGCUAAGGGGGGAAGGUUGACACUCUGUCUUCCCGAUAAUGUUUCAGGGGCAGAAAUCUAUUUUGCCACCCAAACAUACCCUGUCAGGCUGCAUAAUAAAGAUUAUGCCAUCUGGAAGGAAGCUCGUUACAAUUAUGGAGAGUGUGUGUUUGUGUGCUCAAGCAUAAUAAAGACAAAUAUAUGUAUGCUUAUGUAUAACAUACAUGCUGCAGACAAAUCCGAGACAGAUGUGGCGUUAAAGUAUGGUAUUUCUCUCAUUCUUGCAACUUUAAAAAAAACAUUUUUGCUUUCCUUAAGAGUGUACAUAUACUUGAUUUACCACCCCUUGAUUUUAAAAGGGAAGGGCUGACAGAUAAAAAAGACCAUGGAGCCUGCCAGCUGGCCAUCCCUUGUCUGGGCAGUAGAGCAUGGCAAGUCCAUCUGAGGCCAUUUGUGGUGCUGUCACCUUUCUGCAAUGCACCCACUCUCUGCUUGUGACACUUUUUGAACUGGCUUAUGCAGGUUGAUUUCUGAUAUAUGGGUCUCGUUUUUAGGUGCACUGACUAGCAGGAAUAGAAUAACGUUCUGACAUAUUUUUAGCGGCCUUGCACAUAAUUUAUAUCUUGGCAUUUGACAUUUUGAAUGGCAAAUAGAUGCAUUUAUUUUUGUUACUCUGUUCAACUGAUAGUUUUCCCUUCCGUUUUUUGUUUGUUUGUUACCCUGUGUAAAGGUCAGUUUUCCUGAACUCCAGGUGUAUAAUCAACAUAAAUAGUAAUGCUAGUAACAAUACUUUCCUUCCAUUCCCUGAUCUUCCUCUGCUGUUACUACUUUGGUUGUUUGUGUGUUUUAAGUUCCUUACAGUAUUGAUUGGUGUCCCAUACUGGGAAAUAAAUAUGCAGUUAUCUCCUCAAUUUAAGUCUUCCUCAAACUUUGACAUGCACUUUCUAGGUUGUUGCCUAGUUUGUACACAUUGAUUGUACAGGAACCUAGGCACUUAAAACAUUUUCAUUAGCUUGGGCUCUAAUUAUUUUCAGUGGACUAUAUAUUCAUGGAAGGGCAGUACGCUAUAGUUGAGCAUGCUCUAAAGGCAUUUCAUAGCAUAUUUAUGAAGUAUGAUAAUGAUGUACAGAAGACACUUAAUUCUUUUGAGAAACAUGAUGUAGGAUUUACAUAUUUAUCCCCUGCUUUAUUGACUUGAAGUCUAAUAGUAAUAAACCUUUCUGAUGAAGCCAAAAAACAUUUUUGUAAUAUCCUAAAUACAACACAAUAUUAUAUGUGUGUUUUUUAAAAGCAAACCAAGGUUGCAACUCACAGCCUGCUUACACAAGAAUACUUUUUUUGUAGACUUUGGGCACAAUCCACUAACAAAUACUUAGAAACUCGAUGGAGCAACCCCCGAAAUACUUAGAACAAAGGCUGCAAUUCUUACUUGGACAAGGGAGCAAGCAUCAUUAAAGAAUGUGGGACUUAGUUCUGAAUAAAUAUGAAGUGCUCUUUAAUUGGCUUUUAAGUUUCUGCCUACAGAAAUUAUUUCUCCUAAUAACUGUUUCAAAAUGUGUGUGAGUGUGAGAUUGUGUGUAUCUGAGAGAAAGAUUAAUAUUUAUUAAUGCAGUGCUUUUUUCUGUGUGUAUCCCGGGGUAUGCAUACCCCUAAACAUUUUGUGAAUCUAAGUUUGGCCUCAUGGGGGGGUAGUAUUUUAAUAUGAGUAGGAAAAUGAGAGUACCCCUAAACAUUUUUUAAGAUAAAAAAGCACUGUAUUAAUCUAUAUGAAUAUGUUCAUUUCAUUUAUGUGAAACUAUCUUAGUAAUAAACUUGGUUUAUGCUGAAUGUAGUGAUACUGAAAAAAACUAGCUACAAAGUCAAAUACACUGAAUUUUGAAAUGGAAGCUGUGGUUUUUUUAAGAUUAAAUAAAGCGGGCCUAUAAACUGUACUGAAAAUUGGACUGUACUUGCAUGAUGGACCACUCGCACUUUCUAAUAUAAAUGGAGGACUUUAAAGAUUUCAGAGCUCUUUGAACACACAGUUGGCAUAUAGGUUUGCACUUGGGGGGGGGACUUCUUACAUAGAGCCACACCAACAGGUGUGGGGUACCUGUAUUCCUCCAGAUGUUUCUGGACUACAACACACAACAGUACACUAGCUGGGGCUGAUGGGACCUGGAGUCCAGCAACAUCUGGAAGAGCCACAGGUUCCCCAUCCCCUGACCUAGAGGUGAGUCUUCUGUUCUCUCUUGUAGUAGAAGUGGUGUUGGCUGGUUGGCGUCAAAUAAAAAUGCGGAUACAAAUAAUGGAAAAGGGAGCAAACCUCAAAUGCUAUGGGCUUGAUUGCUUAAAUGCUUUUGUGUUGCAAUAUAGUUACUUCAGGCAGACAAAAGAGGACUAUUUUAUUAGCUUCCAAAACAAUGUGUAUAUAGAUUUGUUAAAUGCUCAAUAACCUUAGCUUUGCUUUAAAAAAAAAAGUAGUUAUAGGCAUAUUGUAUUUGCCUUGUAAAUUAGCAAAGGCUAUUUAUUAAGGAUUCUGACAACAGACCUAUUUAUUAAUGUGUACUGUUUUAAAAUAAAAAAAAUUUCUAGUUC